GGAGGCGAGGUAGAGGUUGUCGGUACGCGCGUCUCACUCGUGUGUACCCUACGCGCGUUCCUCGGGCACGAGCAGAUCGAGCGUCGCCGAGGCGGUUGCUGCUGAGCGCCAAGGAGGGCCCGUCCGGUCACGCAUCGCCGAGGACGUGUCGCGGUGUGUGCCCGAAAAAUGUAAUAUGGCGAUGGUUGCGUCGUCGAACAUGAGCGGCCACAUACAGAAGCAGCUUACCAGGAGCCUCGAGCGGAUCCUGGAGGAGGCGCACCUGAGCGGCGAGCUCAAGCUGAGCGGCCGGAAGCUGAAGGACUUUCCGAAAGUCGGGAAGGCUGGUGCGGCCGCCAAAUACAACCUGCAGGACACCGUGAUCGCCGACCUUUCGAAGAAUCGUUUCAGCGAGUUACCGGAGGAAGUCACCGAAUUUCCAUUCCUCGAGAAGCUGCACCUCUACCAUAAUGCCAUAAGAAUAAUCCCGGAAACCGUCGUAAUGCUCCAAUCCCUCAACUACCUCGAUCUUAGUCGAAACCAAUUGACGUCGCUACCUCGAGAGAUAUGCAGGCUACCCCUUCAGACCCUGCUAGUCGCGCACAACAGAUUAGCAUCUCUGCCGGACGAGCUGGGCAGGAUGACGGCGUUGGCAGAACUGGACGCAGGUUGCAACGAAAUCACGAAUCUUCCACCUCGAAUGGGCGACCUUGCGCAGCUCCGGUCUCUAGACCUGAGGAGCAACUUGCUGGUGCACCUGCCUAUAGAACUGACGUACCUGAGACUCGUGAAGCUGGAUAUUAGUGGCAAUCGAAUAUCUGUGCUUCCAAACGAGAUGAGGAAGAUGAAGAGCUUGGUGGAUUUCCGACUGUCCGACAAUCCUCUGACCUCGCCGCCUGCUUCGCUAUGCAUUCGCGGGCGAACGCACAUUUUCAAGUACUUGGAAAGGCAGGCAGCGAAGCACGAGAGGGCCAGAGGCGGUCGGACCAGGCGGACGCCUUUGGACACGAGGGGCCACGCAACGCUGGACACGAGGUCCCAUCGACGCCACAACGUCGACAGCGGCUACAGCACCAGCGACGGCGUCGACAAGCGUUGGUCCCAAGAAAUCCACAGCGCGGUGCACGACGGCGAGGUUCGCAACCUGUGGCGGCAGGAAUGCUCACCGCUCUCGAUAACGCUGCCGCACGAGGUAGGCGUGAACGGAUCCUGCAGCGGCACGUCGACGCCCAGCACGAUUUCACCCGGGGAGCACACGUCUCUGGAGGAUGAGUUGGGCAAGGCGAUGAUACUGCACGAUCAGCUGGAAAAAAGGAGACUGGAGAGAAGUGCCUCGGAAAACGGAGCGGACAUCAGAAGACCGAUGAUCUCUAGCCUUCAUCACACAUCGAUUACGCCACCGGGUCAUCUGGAAUCCACACAUCUGAAUCAAUCGCAGCAGAUAUCGUCCGCGCAAACAGUACACCCACUCCAGACCUCCACGACGAAUCUCACCGCGCUGGUGAACGGAGACGAUAAGAGGCCGUUGAAUCACAUACAGACGUACAGAGAGUACAAGGAGGCGUUGAAGCAGCAGAGGGCCAACGAAGGCCCGAGCGUGUACAGACCUCGCGAGCAGGUGACACCCCCGGGCAACGAGUCGCAGAACAACGAGACCGAUUCGGGCAGCAACAAGGAAGGUGGGAUCGCUCUCACCGGCAAGCAGAUCUUUAACGAGGAGAACGCGCUGAAGAGGCCGGUGCAGAAGGUCACCCCGUCGCGAAUCAACUACCAGAACACACCGAUCAUCAACGGCAGCAGCAGCGACUACAACAACAAGAACGGAAAAUAUCCCGAUCAACCGUACAAGAAGCCAAGCUCGCCCAUCAAAACCUCCAGCAGCAUUCUGUCGACGAAUGCGAGCCCGGCGCACGCGCCCAGGCUGGUGAAAACCGCCGUUGGUUACGUAGAAGGCAACAAGAGCCCGAGCAGAAACGGCGGCAGCCCAAAAUCGCCGCGGUCCGUCACGUGGAACACCAACCUACCCGAGAAGUAUUCCUUCACCAUGAGGAGAGAGUUCGAGCGUGCCAAGGAAGAGGCUGAUCUUAUCGACCAGUUGAGAAACCACAUAGAGACGAGGUUGAAGAUGGCAUUGCCGGAGGACCUCGCGCCGGCGUUGACGGACGGCGUCGUGCUCUGUCACCUGGCCAACCACGUGAGACCACGAUCGGUCGCCAGUAUACAUGUUCCUUCUCCUGCUGUACCUAAACUGACAAUGGCGCGAUGCAGGCGUAACGUCGACAACUUUCUCGAGGCGUGCCGGAAGAUCGGCGUCGAUGAGGAGGUGUUAUUGGACGCGGACUCAAUCAUGGACGUGGGUUACAUGGACACGUACGGGCUCGAAGAUCUGGCGCGCCUCGUCACCGCUCUUCUCCUUUCUCGCGAUGAGGGGGAGAGUGGUACCGGAGAGCCGGCCGCAGGUGGUUCACCCCGUACGAUUCAAGACCGCGUUCUGUCCGCGAUACUUUUUGCAACAUUCCUAUCCACCCUGGUGCUGCUCUACCUCUUCCCGAUCCCCGACUAGAGGUCACGGGAAGGGCGGCGGCAGAGCGCGAGAAACGAGCGACGAGAGCUAACAGGGAGAACAAACAAAAGAGCGGAAACCACGAGAUAUCAUCUCGCGAGCAGCGGCGAUUCUCAGAGUCUCUCCCUGUCGCUCAGCGCGAGACACACGCCGACAACGACUCUGAGACUCGCCGUCCCGCUAUCGCGAGAACACGCGACACUCUCGACGUUUCUUUAUUCGCGCGGUUGCUUUCCGUCAGAAUUCUGCUUGCACUUUCGUUCGUCGAGAGGUUCGUGCGCGUGAUAUAAGUCGGACGCGCCUUCGACGUCGAGGAUCCCCGAGUGACAUCAACGGUGGAGGGUACACAUCCUUGAACGUUUAAUUAACGUUUAAUAACAGGCGAAAUGCUGUUCUCGCGUCUCUAACGCGCACGUCAUCUUCUCACGCGCCGAGAAAGAGAGAGAGAGAGAGAGAACACCAAGGGGCAUCGUCUCGACGUCGAAGCGACGACUCUGCGAUUUUUAAAGUGUCUUUCGGAGCGUACAAAUCAAACGGAUGGCCGCGUCUAGAUGCUUUAAAAAACGUCAGAACAUAUCUUCAGCCGUAUGUACGAGACCGCCGCUUAGUACUCGGACUUCGGGGCGGGGGAGUACUACUUUCUUUUUCUAUUGUGAUUCGUUUGAUCAUCAUGGAUGGCAGUUUAAACAGGGUUCUCUUCGCUUUUUUCGACCUCCGUCCCGCAAGUUCCCGCGGUCGGCGGAGAAUUUUCGAGGGUAGUUUCUUAAGUGCGACGAUAGACAGCUCGACGAGACGAGCGUCCAGUCGGCUGUAGAGAAUUGCUAAUUGUUACGUAAGUUCAUUUAUUUUUGCAACGCUGAAAGGCCUCUUUUUUUUUUUUCAUCGACGAUGCGCGAAUGGUUAAAGCGCGUAUACCGUUCUGCACGUAGCUGAUACUGCGACGAGACAAUGUCCAGAAGAUAAUAUUCGCGAUCUUCUCGAGCGAAACUUUUAUUUCGCGUUCUCGUUGGUUUCUUUUUCUUGAAAAAAAAAAGAAAGAAAAGAAAGGAAACAAAAAUCAAAGAGCGCAAUCAAAGUCGAAGGCGCUCGCAUAUCACUCAUUUGGUUGUCUCUCCGUGUGAACGUACCUUACCGAACGACACGAUUAAUUUUACCCUCCACUUUUGUGGGUCAAACAAGAAGGUGGCUUGAAUCGUCGUCGGCUUGAAUCCGCUGGCGAGAUGAUAUUUUGAUAAGAGGAAGAAAAGGAUAGAGUGGUGGUAGUGGUCGAAAUCGAGAGCUGGUGUGCAAUACUCGUUGAAGAAUCGCAUAAAGUCGUGUAUAAUCAUCCCGCAUUAGCUGUCCGAAGUCUCGGAAAGUAAUCCAUUGCCUUCUGUGUACGGUGAGAAGCCUCAGAAUUCCAAUUCCGGGAGCUCUUUCAGCCGGUAUUGCGGCAUCAUUCUCCGCGUCUUUAAUAAGCCUUGGGUCCGCGGCAGAGAACCUCAGGAAGAGAAGAAAGAGCGAACGGAAGAGAUAUAAGCUGUUCGAUGCCUUCGACGGUAGUAUUUUUUUAAGAUUCGACCAAAUGAACCGCUUACGGCUCUUUCAGGAUUGGUGGAUCUGUGAUAGGUAGCCUGCGAGUACUACAGGAUUCAAUAAAAAAGAAAAAAAAGAAAAAAAAAGAAAGAAAAGAAACGGAACAAAGGUGCUAGGGAAUCUCUUUUAGUUGGAGGAUCUUCUAUUUUGGUAAUGUAAGGGGAUUUAGCGAGGGUGUUUUUGAUCGUUGCGUGAAGUUGUGUAAUAUCGCGAUUACAAUUACAUUCGUUCUCGUCUGUAUAAGUUUACGUCGCUUCCCUCGCUCGUAGUUUCGUAAGUUUCGACCGAUCUGUCCGUCUUCUUCUUCAUCAUCGAUAUCUGUCCGGCGCGCGUUUUCAUUUUGACGAGGGGAGGGAAAAACGCUAAGUGACGGAGCAUUACUCCGAUUACUUCACCGGCCAAGCAAUUCGAUCGUAAUCUAGGAUAUCGUACCUUAGAUUGGAGUUACUUUAAUCUCAACACUCGUUGCCCUCAGAACCCGAUAUUUGGUUUAUUUUCGAGCAUGUAGGACCGCCUUUACCUCGCCAAUUUGUCGUAACGAAUGAACAGGAGUCCGUAUGUGCGUGUGUGAGAGUGUGAAGUGUAAGUCUGUAGUACGUUACAGAACCCCGUAUGAAUCAUCAGCAGGUCUCUGAUAUACUUACCGUACUCUCUCACUCUGUCGAACAACAAUAUAGGCAGCUCUAAGAGAUAUUGAUACCAAGGUCGAAGCCCCUCGAGAUCAAAGUAACCGCAAACUACGCUACACGACGGUAGAGACACGGUGCCUGCUACCUGCCAAUUUAUUUUCAUAAAGACACGAUAAGAACGUAGAGGGCAUGUAUCGUCUAUAACAAUAUUUACAAUCAUGUAACUUAUAUCGUAACGUUUAAGAGAGAGGACGCCCCGCAGAUUCGUAAAUGGGACGCGCGAUCUCUGUCGGAGGAAGGGGCACGGGCGGUCUCAGAUGAAUCGGCACCUACGUGCCUUCCACGUAGCCGUUCAGUUCUUUCCAGAGGAAGGACAGGGUCGGACAGACUCGACACGCGAAUGUUCGACGUUAAUCGCCGCAGUACUUAUCCGCAUGAAGUGCCAAAUAUCCGUGGCGUGUUCUCGAGCACGGGGAAUCUCGUCGUCCCUUCCCGUUUCUUCGACAGGCAUCGCGUAUGAUUUGGGUGAGGUCAGGAAAGACUUUCCUAGCGUGAAGCGUAACCACCCCCGUUCGUCGAUCGAAUCACUCGAGCCGAUUCGAGAACGCAAAAGUGGAAUUUUUUAGAGAGCGAGCGAAAUGAGGUACGUAGUAUUCGUACGGCUAUUUCGUACGAAGCGGGACGCAGCGCGCACUCCCCCCAAAGCUGGGUGUACAUGGUUGGAUCAAGUAUCGUUUACUUAAUCCAAGUAAAAUUUACCUAAUCCAAGCAAAAAUUUACCAAAGAGCAUUAAAGUAAUGAUUUAGUUGAACCUGGCACUCCAUUUUUCUGUGUAUUUUCCAAAUUGUAACAAUGCCUGAGCCUGCCAUUUGCCGUUCGUUUCUUGUUUGUUUACACUACAUACACCCAGCUAGAAGAACCGUCAAGGGAGGGGGAGUGACGCCCUCACCGCACUUCGAGAGACUAUCGUAAGCGUAACAUAUAUUUAUAUAUGACGAGAGCGUAUCGUCGCGAAUCGACACAUCGUAUUAACUAACACACACAUAUGCCAGUGUAUGCCAGUGUAUCUUUUUAAGGGGAUACAAUCUGGGUGAGUACCGUAUCUUCCACGACUUUUUUUUUCUCAAGACUUGCUCGACCCCCGCGGGAUUAUGCCCGCGGCCGUAAUCCGCGUUUUUGUUUCGCAGCCGGGUGUCUCGCACUUUCUAGUCGUACGAUAAUAGUAUCAUUAGUUAGUAAGACGAGCCAGCCGUUCUCUAGUCACCGAGUUGUCUCUUGUUUCUCCCCCUGCAUUUUCCGCAUUUCCGCCGUCACAUUACACACCCCGUGCGUGGUUUCAUUCGCGCGAAUCGCCAACGAGUCAUUCGUUUACUUAACCGUUUUAGCGCCACGCAGCUCGAUCGCGCUGUUCGCGUACUGUGGUGAAAUGUACCGCGAUGUUUGGUCACGAUCGUCAAUUCGCAACACGCUCGGUUCCGAAUGUAGCUCGUCGUACGUACCUCUUGAAUUGGAAAACCAAAACCUGUAUUAUAGAAUGUUAUCACGUAAACAAAACGUAAAACACGAAUAUUUUGCAAACUUUUGAAUGUUUAAUAUAACGUUUCUGAUAUGACUGAUGAAAUGAAGCGCGAUCGGCAUUACUCGCAGAUAAAUGAACGAAGCGCUAUCGCGCUGCAUGGCGACACGGAUUUUUAAAAACCCCUGACACUAAAACGGUUAAUCCCAUCGUCCGUCAGCUUGGUCGGUAGAGCGGUCGUCUCUCUCCCCGCUGUUAACGUUAGAACGCCCGGUUCUUGCGUCUCGCAGAUUCUCUCACACCUCGGUUUAUUUUUUUCUGCUCACGUUACUUUUGUACCUUCAACUUCGCUCCGGCAAGUUUAUCUCUACUCGUCUUAGACAUAAAAAAAAAUGAGAUUCUUUUUCAUUCGAUGCACAAUCACGAUACGUGAAAUACCGAGUAGUCGAUGGCGUUAAUUUCGUGGAAAAAGAAGAAAGAAAGUUCCUUCGCAAACGACGAGAAUGCAAUUGAUGUUUGAGACGCAACGUUCGACUGCAAGCGAAACCGCAUCGUCGGUGGACAAAUUACGUCGCCGGGCGUUCCGGAUGUUAAACGUGAUUAGGCGUCCGCUAAUAUAGCUUCCGCGCUUCGGUCUAACAAAUGGAGUCGCCCGUCCAUUGUGGAAUAACGAACGUACGACGGGCGAGUCAUCGUCGGAUAUUCCAUUACGCUUAAUCAUCAUCGAUCAUCGCGACGAGUGCCUAACGAUUCACCGCGGACGCGAGUACGUUACGGUCGUCACGGCCACGUUAUAUCAGUAUUAUAUUCUCGCUAGAAUUCUCGUGGACGAGGUGUCCAAGUAUCCGAGCUCGUACUAUUUAAGACUGGAUUCGAAUUUUUAGCGUACCGAUAUACUUUGUGUUGCCGGCUCUAUGUGGCAUGACACACGAUCCGCGAGAUCGCCCGAGACACCUGCCGUCGGGUUUUCCCGCAUAUUUGUCGACCUGUUGAAUGAGUAUCAAUCAGACAGACGAUAAUCUGCUAACGAUACGAUACACGAUGAGAAAAAAAUGUAUACACAGAAAAAAUAGUGAUAUAUUAAUGAUCACAAAAUGUGUAAUGCUGGCUUACAUCAGAAUAUGACUGAGAUUAUUACGUGCAUUGCAAAAGUUAUAUUUUAGUGAUGUGUACAAUGAAGUAUAUCAUUAAAGAUUACAACACACAUCAUAAUUUCAGUUAUA